AUGGAUGAUGAAAAAUGGGGAGAGGAAGAUAUAAGAGAGUUUACUAAGCUGGUAGAAAAUUCAGAAAAAGCCUGGGAACUGGCCAGUGAGAAACUAGAAGUCAUUAACGUCGGAGACGAACAAGAUAAUAAGGAAUUAAAGAUUGGCACUCUUGUUACAACUGAAGAAAAAAAUAGACUAGUCUCUCUAUUACACGAGUAUGUAGAUGUUUUUGCCUGGACUUAUGCCGACAUGCCUGGUCUAGAUACUGACAUAGUAGUACAUAAAAUUCCUUUAAUCGAAUGGAGCAAGCCAAUUAAGCAGAAAACCAGGCAAAAUAUGCCCGGACAUGUUACUCAAGUCCCAAAAAAGGAUGGGAAGAUUCGGGUGUGUGUGGACUAUAGAGAUUUGAACAAGGCGAGCCCAAAAGAUGAUUUUCCUUUGCCCCAUAUAGACAUUCUCGUUGAUAAUGCUGCAAGAAAUGCUACAUAUUCUUUUAUGGAUGGAUUCUCUGGUUAUAACCAAAUUAGAAUGCCUGAAGAAGAUAAAGAGAAGACCACUUUUGUCACACCAUGGGGAACAUUUUGCUAUAAAGUAAUGCCAUUCGGAUUGAAGAAUGCUGGAGCCACAUAUCAAAGAGCAAUGAUUACCCUAUUCCACGAUUUGAUGCACCAAGUGGAAGUUUAUGUGGAUGACAUGCAAAAUCAAAGAAAGAGGAAGAUUCCAGCUAAAGUUGAAUCCUGCAAAAUGCUCAUUCGAGGUGAAGACAAGAAAACUAUUGGGCUUCAUUUGACUUAUGAACCAAUCUUUCGUCUGCUCAAAAAGAAAAAUCCUGGAGUAUGGGAUGAUGAUUGUCAAGAAGCCUUCGAUAAAAUAAAGAGGCACUUGCAAAACCCACCAUUACUAGUACCUCCAACACCGGGGAGGCCUUUGAUCAUGUACUUGAGAGUCACACCAGCGAGGAUGGGAAGAGAGGAGGAAGCCGUUUCGAAUCUCCCUUGUCGCCGGUCUUUUCUGCGACGGCGCUUGAACCCACGCGCCGCCAGUGGCUGCUGCGCGUGGAGCAGACGCGCCGCCACUGCUCCACAGUCCCUGAGGGCCUCCUCUGCAGUUCCUGGACUCUUUAGGGACCUUUUUAACAAAUCCAGCAAACAUAAUGAAAAAUCGUCGAAUCGCCGCGCGCGACACCUGUCAAGUAGAAUAGCAAGGUGGCAAGUGUUCUUGGUAGAAUAUGACAUUGUCUUUAUGACAAGAAAAGCGGUAAAAGGAAGCAUAAUUGUCGAUCAUCUUGCAGAUCAUGCCAUGGAUGACUAUGAGUCGCUAAACUUUGACCUCCUAGAUGAAGAUGUGAUAGUAGUCGAGAAUGAAAGUGGGGAAAGCGAUCAGUGGACCCUCUACUUUGAUGGGGCAGUAAAUGUAUCGGGAAAUGGAGCUGGAGCUAUAGUGAUUUCCCUAGAAAAUAAGCAGUAUCCCGUUUCAACAAGGUUACUGUUUGAAUGUACCAAUAACACUGCCGAGUACGAAGCCUGCAUCAUUGGCCUGGAGGCUGCUCUAGAACUGAAGGCCAAGAAGCUCGAGGUCUUUGGGGAUUCCUUACUAAUCAUCUGCCAAGUCAAAGGUGAGUGGCAAACCAAGGAUAAGAAGUUGAGGUUGUAUCAAAGUUAUAUCUUGAAGUUAGCCGAUGAAUUUGAAGAAAUCAAAUUCACCCAUAUAAGCAGAGAUAAGAAUCAGUUUGCCGAUGCUUUAGCAACCUUAGCUUCGAUGACACAAGCUGAUGCUAAAAGCAAGAUACAACCAAUAAAUAUCGAGGUCAGAAGCUUCCAAGCCCAUUGUUACUUUAUUGAAGAAUCUCCAGAUGGGAAACCAUGGUGUUUGAAUGAAAAUGAGAUUGAACAAGCAUUAAAAGAAGUCCAUGAGGGGAUUUGUGCUACACAUGCUAAUGGGCAUACAAUGGCGAAACAAAUUCAAAGGGCUGGAUAUUUCUGGUUGACCAUGGAGAGAGAUUGUGUAGACUAUGUGAAAAAAUGCCAUAAGUGUCAAAUAUAUGGCUACAAGAUAAAUGCGCCUCCGGCACCUCUGUUCAAUAUGAUCUCGCCUUGGCCUUUUGAUAUGUGGGGUUUGGAUGUUAUAGGGCCAAUCAACCCUAAAGCGAGCAAUAGGCAUAGAUUCAUUUUGGUGGCCAUCGACUACUUCACCAAAUGGGUAGAAGCCAACUCUUAUGCCCAUGUAACACAGAAAGUAGUCAAGAGAUUUAUUGAAAAGGAUUUGAUUAAGCACCUCAACUCUUCCACUUAUAGACCAAAGAUGAAUGGGGCAGUCGAAGCAGCUUACAAGACUCUCAAGAAGAUUAUCCAGAAAAUAGUGAUCACCUACAAGGAUUGGCAUGAGAUGCUCCCAUAUGCACUUCAUGCGUACCGUACCACUGUUAGAACUUCGACAAAUGCCACCCCAUACUCUUUAGUAUAUGGAAUGGAGGCGGUUAUGCCCUUGGAAAUAGAAAUCCCAUCACUGCGGAUCCUGAAGGAUGCAGAACUGGACGAAUCAGAAUGGGCAAGGUCAAGAUUUGAGCAACUAAAUUUGAUCGAUGAGAGAAGACUAGCAGCUAUCUGUCAUCACCAGUUAUACCAAAGCAGGAUAGCCAAAGCUUACAACAAAAAGGUCAAACCAAGGGUUUUCAGGGAAGGAGAUUUGGUGUUAAGGAAGAUCUCACUAGCGUCAGGAGAAGAUCAAAGUAAGUGGGCACCAAACUAUGAAGGGCCAUAUGUGGUGAAAAAGGCUUUUUCUGGAGGGGCUUUAAUUCUGACUAAUAUGGAUGGAAGGGAUCUACCAAGGCCUGUAAACUCAGAUGUUGUAAAGAAGUACUAUGCCUAA